AUGCACAAGGGUUUGACUGCGCUUGGCAACAGAAGAAAGAUGAAGACCAAGAAAAAGGAUGUUAAGAAAGCUAUGAAGUACAAGAAGGCUCCUGACGCUCCAAAACGUUUCAAGUCGGCUUUCAUCAUCUUCUCAGCUGAAAAGCACAAGGAGAUCAAGAAGGACCUUCUAGACGAAGGAAAAGCUGUCAAGACUACAGAUAUUGCCAAGAUGGUUUCAGAGGCAUGGAAAAAGCUUGAUCCUGAUGCGCGGAAGGACUGGGAUGAUAAAGCUGAUCGUGACAAGCAAAGGUACGAAGCUGAGAAAGCCAUGUAUAAAGGCCCCUGGAAGAUUCCAAGCAACAAGCGAAAGACCAAAGACCCAUCUGCACCAAAGCGACCCAUGAGUGCAUUCUUGGCAUACUCCAACAGCCGCAGAGCAGAACUCAAGAGGAGCAACCCAAAGGCUACCAAUGCAGACUUGUCACGGAUGUUGUCAAAGACGUGGAAGGAGCUUCCUCCAACUGAACGAGCAGUGUACAUGGCAGAAGAGAGAGAGCUUAGGGAGCAAUACAAGACCAAAAUGUCAGAUUGGCGCACGAAGGUGGCGGAGGAAAAGAAGGUAGAAAGAGAAGAACGGGAGGUCGCAGCCAUGCAAGCCGCAGAGGCAGGGCAAACGCAUCAGGGAAUGGACCCAGAUGCAGUGACUCCCAAUCGCGGCCCGGUGGACUCUAAAUGGGUCGGUUCCAUGCAACAACAGCACCAUGAGGACGUACCUAACCAGCAGUUUCAGCAACAGGGACAGCCAAACCCCCAACAGCAGCAGGUCCCAGAGUCACAUCCACACGUCAAUGAGAUGGCUCCGCCUGGCAUGUUUGCCAACCCGUACUUUCCUGCAGCUGCAUUUGGUGGCGCUGGGCAAGCAGCACUUGGUGGUUUGAAUCCGGCUUCCGCAAACCCCUAUCUUGUCAAUGCCUUUGCCGCCAAUCAAGGCUACAUGCAAGGAGGCAAUCCUGCCAUGUCGUCGUUAUUUGGAGGGCAACCACCACCGUACAUGCCAAAUGGCGGCAUGCCAGGACAGAUGCAUCCUGGUUUGUACGGGCACGGGCCGAACUUUGCUGGUGGCGGCGGCGGAAUGCAGGAUAGCGGCGCAGGACCAAAUGGUGGCUACGGGCAGAUGCAGCCCUAG